UCCCGACGGGAAUGACGAUCAUUGCUACAGUGGUAUCGAGUAUUUGACUGGGAUUUUGUCUUCUAAGGUUUACGAUGUAGCUGUUGAGUCGCCGUUGCAGCUAGCCUCGAAGCUCACGCAGAAGCUGGGGAACAACAUCUGGCUCAAGAGGGAGGAUCUUCAACCUGUCUUCUCAUUCAAACUUCGAGGAGCUUAUAAUAUGAUGGCCAAACUCCCAAAGGAGUUACUGGAUCGUGGAGUUAUCUGUUCAUCGGCUGGUAAUCAUGCUCAAGGAGUUGCAUUAUCUGCCCAGAAACUUGGUUGCGGCGCUGUAAUUGUGAUGCCUAUUACUACACCAGAGAUCAAGUGGAGAUCAGUAGAGGGAUUAGGGGCCACUGUUGUUCUUGAAGGGGACUCAUACGAUGAAGCACAAGCACAUGCAAAAUGGUUGGCCAAACAGAAAGGACUCACAUUUAUCCCUCCUUUUGAUCACCCUGAUAUAAUCAUGGGGCAGGGUACAGUUGGAAAGGAAAUCAUGAGUCAAGCAAAAUGUCCUAUAGAUGCAAUACUUGUGCCAGUUGGCGGUGGUGGGCUUAUUGCAGGCAUUGCUGCAUAUGUGAAAAUGGUGAAUCCGGAUGUGAAAAUAAUUGGAGUUGAACCAAAUGAUGCAAAUGCUUUGGCGUUAUCUUUACAUCACGGUCAAAGAAUAAUGUUGGAUCAAGUAGGAUCUUUUGCAGAUGGUGUGGCAGUUAAAGUUGUAGGCGAAGAAAACUUUCGUAUCUGCAGAGAAUUGAUAGAUGGCGUGAUUUUUGUUAGCCGUGAUGCUAUUUGUGCCUCAAUAAAGGACAUGUUUGAGGAGAAAAGGAGCAUUUUAGAGCCAGCUGGUGCACUUGCUCUUGCAGGAGCUGAAGCUUACUGCAAAUAUUACAACCACAAGGAUCAUAAUAUAGUUGUUAUAGCCAGUGGGGCCAACAUGAACUUUGAUAGACUAAGGUUGGUGACUGAACUGGCAGAUGUUGGUAGACAACGUGAAGCUGUCCUUGCAACCAAUCUUCCAGAAGAAUCAGGGAGUUUCAAGAAAUUUGUUAAACUUAUGGGACCCAUGAACAUUACUGAAUUUAGAUACAGAUAUAAUUCUGAAAAAGGGAAAACUCUGGUUCUAUACAGUGUUGGUCUUCAUACUAAAAAGGAACUUGAUACAAUGCUGGAAAGGUUGACACUCCAUCAAUUUCACACACUUGAUCUUACGGAUAAUGACCUUGUUAAAGAUCAUCUGCGCCAUUUGAUUGGUGGUCGAUCAAGUGUACAAGAUGAACAUCUUUGCCGAUUUGUCUUCCCAGAGAGGCCUGGUGCUCUAAUUGAAUUCCUAAAUGCUUUUAGCCCACGUUGGAAUAUAAGUUUGUUCCAUUACCGUUCACAGGGAGAAAGUGGUGCAAAUGUUUUAGUUGGCCUUCAAGUUGCGGACAAUGAGAUGCAAGAAUUUAAGCAUCGAGCAAGCAGUUUGGGUUAUGAGUAUGCUGUGGAAACACGAAACAAGGCUUUCCAACUCCUGAUGCACUGAUCUAUUCUGUAAAAAUCUUGGAGAUUUCCCAGAGAUUGAAAUACUUUCGAACAGUAAUGUUAUGGCUGUUUAAACCCCAUAGUGCCUAUUUAAUAAAGCUUAUCAUUUUUAGUGAGUGUUCUUUGGCAUCAUCUUGUAAUGUUAAGAGGAUUGUAGUCCCCAACUAUCAUGACAGGGUUUUUAGUGGUAUUGCAUCGUAUAUUGUGCCCUUAAUCAUUUGAUUGUAGUUUUGCUAGACUAAUCUGGAGUUCCUAAGAAUUCAUCCUUGAACUUCGAAAAAGUAAAUUAUGAGUCG